AUGGCUCCACACGCAACUACCCCUCCACCAAUGCCUCAUAGCCAGCCAUUACAUCCUCUCACAGUUCUUGCCUCAUCAAGAGCAGUAGUGGCUGGCAAGCUUACUGAGGCCACAAUCGUUGUAUCAAACACUACUGGCAAGAUCACCUCGAUCUUCCACUCGGUCCUACCUGCGGCAGACUUCCCCGACGGCACAUCUUACACCGACUACUCGCCUCAUAUCCUGCUUCCCGGACUGGUCGAUGCCCAUGUCCAUCUCAAUGAGCCAGGCCGAACAGAAUGGGAAGGCUUCUGGACUGGUACCAGGGCGGCUGCCUUUGGUGGUGUGACUACUGUCAUUGAUAUGCCACUGAACGCUAUUCCUCCCACUACCACCGUCGAGAACCUUCACAUCAAGAUCGAUGCUGCACAAGGCAAAUGCUGGGUCGACGUUGGCUUCUAUGGCGGUGUAAUUCCAGGCAAUGCUGGCGAGCUCAAGGCACUCGUCAAAGAAGGCAUCCGGGGCUUUAAGGGCUUCUUUUCGUCAAUAGACAUUGAAAAGGCCCUUACCGAGCUCAAGGACUCAACCACCACGCUCAUGUUCCACGCCGAGAUGAUUCCACCCAUCAGCGAUUCCGUCGGCGACGACAUUCAGCGCUCUAACCCUCCCAUGGCUCCCAAAGGCCCUCUGACUUCUUACGACACAUUCCUGCUCUCACGUCCGCCCUCCUUUGAGACCUGCGCUGUAGCCGAAAUUCUUUCCCUAGCCCAUCUUGCCCCCGACCUGCAACUCCACAUUGUGCAUCUCUCAGCCAUCGAAGCCAUCCCCAUGCUCCGCGCCGCUCGCGCCAAAGGAAUCAAAAUCACCGCCGAAACAUGCUUCCACUACCUCGCCCUCGCCGCCGAGGGCAUCCAAGAAGGUGACACCCGCCACAAGUGCUGCCCCCCCAUCCGCUCUCAAUCGAACCAAGACGGCCUCUGGGACGAACUCCUGCAAGACCAAGCCGACGGCGUAAUCCAAACCGUUGUAUCCGAUCACUCCCCCUGCACGCCUGAAAUCAAACUCCUGCCGCCGCAUCUUGCGCCGAAGAAGGAAUCAACGCGCACAGAGGGACAUGGGACGGAUUGCGACUCGUGCGAGAGCUCGGAUGGCGAGAUGGAGGGUCCAGAAGAAAAAGGUGACUUCUUUAGUGCUUGGGGCGGUAUCUCGAGUGUUGGCCUGGGUCUACCCAUUCUCUGGACUGAAGGCACGAAGCGCAAUCCUGACUUCAGCGUUGAAGAAAUCGUGCGCUGGUGCUGCAAAAACACUGCGAAGCAGGUCGGCUUGGAGAAGAGCAAGGGCGACUUGGGUGUUGGGUUUGAUGCGGACAUUGUGGUUUUUGACGACGCGGCGGAGUUUUUGGUUGAACCUUCGACUAUGCUGUUCCGCAACAAGGUCUCGCCGUAUCAGAAUAAGACGCUCAAGGGCGUGGUUAGGGAGACAUGGCUGCGUGGUGAGCGGAUUUUCUCAAGGGAAGAUGGGUUUGUGGAGAAGACGGGCCCGGCUGGCAAGUUGUUGCUUGAGCCGAGGAAGUAG